AUAUAGUGAAACUCAUAUCUAUAGUUUUUUCCAGAUUGAUUGUUUUCGUAAACAGCUAUUUUGUUUGUUUUCGCUCAUUUUAAUGGCUGGAAUCACUCGGAACAAAAAUCAGAAAAAGGUGAAAAUAUGAAUUCCUUAUACACCUUCUGUGAGUAUUUCUGCUGAACGAACGAUGGACGACGAAGAAGAAGUGAUUACACUAGGAGAUAGUACCACGGAUUCAUCUGCUAUAGAUGUUGAUGAAGUGGAAAAUGAACAAAUUGAAGGAGAAAUUAUUAGCCAUGAAACAACGCAGGACUACACGGUCAUCAUUGAGGAUGAGCCGGAGACAACUGUCAGAAUGCCAAGUGCAACCAGCAGUGGUCGGAGAGGUUUAACAAGUAACAAUAGAAGUAGCAGUAGAACUAAUAUUACUAAUCGUAGAACGCCAAGACCUCUGAAACGAGGUCGUGAAAACAUCCAAAGUAAGAGUCCUGCUAGAAGUACACCCAAGAAAGCACAGCCAGCAGAUGUGAACUUAACUACAGAAGCAGACUCUUCAUGUGUUAUAUGCUUGGAACCGUUUGAAAAUUACGGCAAACAUCGAAUUGCCUCUCUGAAAUGUGGGCAUGUUUUCGGCGAGACUUGUAUCCAUAAAUGGUUGGACCGCGGAGCAAAUGCCAAAUGCCCACAAUGCAAUUCUGCAGCUAAGAAGAGAGACAUUAGGACUAUAUACUGUUCUAGAUUGGUGGCUCUAGAUGUUGCAGAGAGAGACAAGGCAUUAGAGAAUUUAGAAACAGAAAGGUCAUACAGAACAAGAUUAGAGGCUGAAAAUAUGGAAUUGAGGACGAAAUUGUCAAAUUUAGCGACUGAGUUUGACAGUUUCAAAAGCAGAAUGGCAAAUGAGCAGUUGAAGUUACAACAACUGAAUGCAAAUAGUUCUAAUUCUAACCGAGCAAAAAUGUAUAGACCAUUCCAGCAAUUGCAGCUCAGUACAAAAGGAGGCUCUAGACGAGUUGUUUUCGACCCGGGUCAAAAAGUUCUCGUUGCGUCUCAAUCUCUGGACUUUUUGUCUACUAAUCAAGGAUACGGAUUACGUAAGAUCAGUGGACUCGAUAUGAGAAGCUCGAAGCUGCUGAAAUGCCACGAUGAUAACAUCAAAGCUCUAGCUGCUUUCGAUUCCAAGGUGUUGAGCGGCGCGGCCGAUAAGAAACUUUGCUUGACGUGUCUCAAAAGUGACGUAGUAAUUCAACAAUGGACGAUGCCUAGUAAUGUAUCGAUUUGGGCUUGUGAAUUCAACAGAAAAAACCCCCACAUUUUGUAUCUGGGAACCCAAAAUGGGUCAAUUUACACAUACGAUACAAGACAGUUAUCGACUCACGUGAACUAUUUUGAACCCAGCGAGAAAAGCAGAGUACCUAUUACAUCUUUAAGUUACGUCCCAUUUGACGCUUCUGCCACGUUUAACACUGCAGGCUUACUUGUCGGAGGUUUCGAUGGUUGCAAAAUGGUUGAAAUGAGCGAAGGUCAAAAUCAACCAAUUGUGCAUGUACUUGGCAACGAACUGAAAGGAAACUGCACCAGUUUAAGUUAUGACGCAAAUUCCGCUACCAUAUUGGCCAGUUUUAGACCUGGGCUCAAUUGUAAAAAUGUCAGACAUGUAGCUUCGAAAUUAUCCAAUUUUUCCGGGAGCAUUGGUUGUUCAGUGACUGAUAUAAGAGCAACAAAGAUUCAUGAGUUAUAUGGUGGACCUUCCAUGAAGCAAUUGACUAGAAGUUGCAUUUAUCCAUCACCUAACGGAAAUCCGAGACAGUUGAUUAUGUCAGCUUUUGACCAAUCAACGGAGACUUUGAUUUUCUGGGAGAGCUUAGAUGGUUCCAAAGUGCAAAAUCUUAAAUUAAAGGACUUCGUUUGUCUUGAUUUGUGUCCGAGUGAAAUAAACAAUGAACACUACAUGACUGCUUUGUCCGAUAAUUCCUUGAAAAUUUUCAAAUACACCUAAUGAGAGCUCAAGCUGUUUAUUAAGUUAAAUUUAAUGCGUUAUUUGUUCAGUGGAUUUUUAUUUACAUUUUGAUGCCAAUGUAGCGUACGAUGAAUUGAGUUUUGUGAAA